UUUGGGGACCAAGUUGCGCGCAACUUUACGUUCGAUUCCACGCGACAUGGUGCCGCCCCACCAUUGCAUCCCAGGCACGCGGUUUCUCGUCGAUGCGUUCCGAGAGUACAACAAGUCGAUCAGUGCAUCCUCUGCGAGCGGGAGCAGCGCAGGAACAGCGGCAGCAACAGCACCGCGAGUCGCGAUGACGCGGACGGCGAGCACGAAGAGUGACAACGCUCAGUCAAUGCCACCGGCUGCGCUCGCCACGGCGUCAGAAUCACCGAGUAGCAGCACUAGCAGUAGCAUGACUGGUAUCGAAGUGGACGGCAUCGAGCUAGACGACGGAAUUGCUGCAAUGGAGCCGCACUCUCACAGCGGACCGCUCUUCUUCCUGUCGCACUUUCACGCCGAUCACUACGCGGGACUCACCAAGACGUGGCGUGCAGGUCCCGUUUUCUGCUCACCGACUACAGCCCGACUUGUCAUCAAGGUGCUGGAGGUUGACGAAAGAAUGAUCCGACCGCUCGAGUUCAACACACCUGUCACGAUUGACAAUGUGCAAGUGACGCUGAUGGAUGCCAACCAUUGCCCCGGAGCCGCCAUGAUGCUCUUCAAGGUUUCCAACGGACUGGUGUAUCUGCAUACUGGUGAUUUUCGCUACCAUCCCCGCAUGAAUGACUAUCCCGCGCUUAUCCAGGCCCAGAAUCAGAUUGAGACACUCUUCCUCGACACAACCUACUGCAACCCAAAAUACACACUGCCGGCGCAAGACGCGCCGAUCGACUUUGUUGCAGAGACUGUUUUCAACAUGAUGAGGUCUGAGCUGCAACCGGCAGGAGACAAUGCCGCUCUCCCGCCUGCGCCGAAACGAGUCAAGCUGAGCGUUGAUGAUGACGACGCUGCAGCGCAUGAAAGCCAACGCCUCGCAUCCGAUGGCGACUUUUCCCGGGUGAAAACGCUGUUUCUCAUCGCAUCCUACGUCAUUGGUAAAGAGCGGCUCUAUGUGGAAGUUUCGCGACGCUGUGGUUGUAAAAUCGUCGUCGACGAGCGCAAACACGCCGUUCUCGCGCUGCAAGAAGGCAUUGACAUGAGCAUGUUUUCGCUUGAUUGGCGCGACUCGCCCGUUCAUGUUGUUCCUUGGGGUUUCCUCGGCGAGAUGGCACCUGGAGGCUGGCGAUUCAAUGCCAAUCACAGCUUGCUCACAAAGAUGCUUGCUCACUAUGCGCCGCGAUUCGAUCGACUGGUCGCCUUCCUACCUACGGGUUGGACAUACACAUUCAAGUACGCCACGACGUCGGCAAAAGGUGUCAAGUACUCGCUCGAGCAGCGUGACAACAUCCAGGUGUAUUCCAUUCCUUACAGCGAGCACAGCAGUUUUACGGAACUGCGACAAUUUGUGUCCUUUCUCCAUCCCAAGCGGAUUGUGCCAACAGUCGUGGGCCGUGAUGCGCCAGCUUCGAAGGCGGAAAAACUGAAUGGCUACUUUGCUGAUUUGGUGGACGUCAAAAGCCGUCGUGCGGACUUUCUCGCCCUGUUUGGCAAUGGAAGCGUCGCCGCAGCUGAUUCCGUCGGUGCUAGGAAAAGGAGCGUCCAGCAUGACGAUGCGACCACUGUUUUGUCCAUUGAUGAUGAUUCGGACGAGAACUCAUCUGAUGAACCCGGUAUUGCGAUUCAGCCAGAUGACAAGUCGAAGGUUUCUUGUCCAAUCUGCUCAACCACAAUGGCCAGCUCCGAGAUCAAUGAGCACUUGGAUUCGUGCUUGAACAGUACAUCUCGACCACCGUCCGACUCGGCCCAAUUCCGCCCUACAACAAGUGCGAUAACUGCAAGUGGAAAUACUGCAAGCGGCAGUUCUGUAAACCUCCACAUCCCUCGAACAGCCGCUGCUUUGAACAACCAUGAUUCAGCAGAUGAUGCGAGAGAGGCAUCCUUAUCGCAGCUCGCGGCCAUGUUACCUCCAGGCACAUCGCGCGCGCGCCUUCAGCGACUGCUGAUUCUUACGAGUGGCAAUGUUCAACGAGCAGUCAAUCAGUAUUUCGACGAAUCUAGUCGCUCGGGUAUCGCUUUGUCGUCGUCGUCUGCUGCAUCUGCAUCUGCGUCCCCCGAGACUGACAAGUCGUCGCCGAUGAAAGCGCGCCAGGUCGGAAUUGCCGCAGCUUUCCUUGCUCAAUCAACCUUGACACGCUCUGCACAUGCGCAUUCGUCCUCAUCUGCCUCCUCUCCAUCUCGUUCGCUCGACACCAGGCCAGUGCGCUUGGACAUGCUCGACGACGAAAAACUGCCUGCUCGCCCCAACGAGUCAUCGAGCAGCCAGACGCUCAUCUCGGCAACGGCCGCUGUCCCUGUAUCACAACGCGCUUCAUUGGAAGUCGGUGCCCAAACCCCAUUCCUGACGCUGGCUCGAACGUACUCGUCUGUCGAGGCCAACACAGGGCGCCUCACGAUUACCGCGCUCCUCACUGACAUGUUUCGUUCAAUCAUUGAUGCUGCGCCGCAAGACCUGUUGCCUGCCGUGUAUUUGACGACCAAUCGCACAUCCCCUUCCUACGAACCGGGCGAUGAAAUGUCGAUUGGCGGCCACACGAUGGUCAGUGCAGUGUCUGAGGUGACUGGAAUGUCACUCAAGCAAAUCAAGCAUGAAUACGAGACACUCGGGGAUCUGGGAGAUAUCGCUCAGAAGGCCCGGGCCUCGAUGCGAGUUCUGGUUGCGCCAAAGCCCCUGACCGUGUCGACCGUGUUUCGCACCAUGCGGCAAAUCGCAGAGAUCAAAGGACACGGGUCGCUGCUGCAAAAGAAAAACCUGAUCAAGCGCCUUCUGGUGUGCACGCGCGAGGAAGAAAUGCGUUACUUGGUGCGGAUCUUUCUGCAGCACCUGCGCAUUGGCGCAGUGAACAACACGGUUCUGGUUGCGCUCGCACAUGCCAGUGAAACACGCACCUCGCCACUCGAGGUUCCCAUCCAGACUGUGCUGGAGUCGCUGGCACGCACAUCCGCUCCGGGAUUGCGGCUUGAAGGCCUCCAUGGACUCGUCUCGAGCUUGCAACCGACGGCAGAUCGCUCCGACAAAGACCGGCUUGCCGCCGCAGCAGCCGUCCUCAAGCAAUGCUACAACCAGGCGCCCAACUGGGAGAUUAUUCUCCGAGCCCUGCUCAAGGGUGGAGUGGCUCUUGUGGCACAAACGUGUCGCUUGCAACCAGGCAUCCCGCUCAAGCCCAUGCUUGGCAAGAUUUGCAAAGACUUGGCCAAUGUCAUUGCGGAGCUGGAUGGGCGCGACUUUGCUGCAGAUUUCAAGUAUGAUGGCCAGCGCGUGCAGGCCCAUGUGUGGCAUCCUCGUCAGCCCUCCAACGGCCCCCCGCGAGUCAGACUGUUUAGCCGACAUCUCGAGGACAUGACUGGGAGGUUUCCGGAUGUUGUCGAACUAUUGAUCGGCAUGCUUUCUGCAUCGGUCGCGGAGGGAUUGCCCGGCGACUCGAGCCGGAUUGAGUCGUUUAUUCUGGACGCUGAGAUUGUUGCCUUUCAGCGUAGCACCGGCAAGGUACUCCCGUUCCAGACCCUGUCGACCCGAGCUCGUCGAGACGUCACCACAAACGAACUGGAGGUUGAAGUGUGCAUCUUUGCGUUUGACUUGAUGUUUCUGAACGGCCAGUCGCUGCUCCGAGCGCCGUUUCGUCACCGAAACAUGCUGCUCCGCACCACAUUUGCAGAGCGACCCGGCUUUUUCCAGUUUGUCCCUCAAAUGCUGUUUGGCCCCAACCUGCAGCCAGCCCUUGCAACCCCAGCAACGGUGACACGGUCUCUGCCUGACGAGGCGGCUGGAAUGAGCUUUAGCGAGGAUACCCGGGACCAGCUGAUGGCCUUUCUCCAUGACGCGAUCAACGCGACCUGCGAGGGUCUGAUGAUCAAGCCGCUCGGUGCUCGCGGAACAUUUACGGCUGACGAUGCCGACACGGUUGCCCACAUUGGUGUGACCACGUCCGACGCGGGUGAUGCCGCUGCGCAAAGUGACGACGACGACGACGACGACGACGACCAUGAAGAAGAAUCAGAGAAUGCGGGCAGGAAGGGUCGCACGGGCGAUGCCGAAGAGCCUGUCUCGGACCAGACUAGCGUCCCGAAUCAUCGCCUGCGGGAACGCAAUCCUGCUCGCGCAGCGUCACAGCAGCACAGACUCGAGGCUUUGCGUCAGUCAACGUACGAGCCUUCGAAGCGGUGUUCGAAUUGGCUGAAGGUCAAGCGCGAUUACGUCGAAGGAAUGGUCGAGUCGCUCGAUCUCGUCCCAAUCGGCGCCUUCUGGGGAAACGGACGCAAGGCUGGCUGGUUUUCCCCGUUCCUUCUGGCAGCAUACGACCCGGAGACGGAGCAGUACAUUAGCGUGUGCAAGUGCAUGUCGGGCUUUUCGGACGAGUUUUACAAGCAGCAACUGGCAUUCUACACCCAAACCCCAUCCCACAAACCAGAGGAAGGCGACGCAGCCGAGGGGAAGGAAAGCACGGCGGGGCCAUCCACCGCUCUCGGUCCGCGAAUCAUCCCAAAAGCCAAGCCGUACUAUGUCGUGAGCCCGCAGCUACAGCCGGAUGUGUGGUUUGAGCCGUGUCAGGUCUGGGAAAUCCGAGGCGCCGAUCUGACACUGAGUCCAGUGUACACUGCCGCUGCCGGCCUGAUUGAGGAGCAGCCUGAUCGCGGUAUUUCGCUCCGCUUUCCACGGUUUUUGAGGGUGCGGACGGACAAGUCGACCGAAGACGCCACGACUCCAAGUGAGCUUGCUGACAUGUUUCGACGCUUUCGGCGGUAGAAAGUAACAAGAGUGUGUGGUUGAGAUAGAAAGUCAGAACAUGUAUGGGCUUGUUCGUUGUACGCUCCAAGUUUGAUUGCAUCUGGCUGCAAUAAAGAAGACACUCGAGUUGAC